AGUAAGGACACCUACCAGUGGACAUCGGACAGCCCUAAAUCCGGGAUGAACUCUUCUCAAGAUCCUUAAGAAUUACAACUGCAAGCCAGGUGGACACCCUGCUGAGGAACUUCCUGCCCUGCUACCGCGGGCAGCUGGGAGCCUCUGUCCUGCGACAGAUCUCCCGCGAGCUGGAGUCCCGGGAGCCAGCCGGAUGCCAGCUGAUGCGCAGUAAAAAGCUUCCCCGAGUCCGUGAGCACCGAGGGCCUCUGACCCAGUUUGGGGGCCACCCACCUCGGUGGCAGCCAAUCUUCUGUGUCCUGCGUGGGGAUGGCCGCCUGGAGUGGUUCAGCCACAGGGAGGAAUAUGAAAAUGGGGGCCAUCCCUUGGGUUCCAUGGCCUUGACAGGGUAUACUGUCCUGACUUCCCAGCGUGAAUAUCUCCGCCUAUUGGAUACUCUCUGCCCAGUCUCCUCAGGAGAGCAUACGCAGGAAGAGUCUGACCCCCUCCUGGAAAUGCCGGUGAACUUCCCCCUAUUCCUGCAGCACCCCUUCCGCCGGCACCUCUGUUUCUCUGCAGCCACGGGAGAAGCGCAGCGAGCCUGGAGGCUAGCCCUACAGGGUGGCAUCCGGCUUCGUGGCACAGUCCUGCAGCGAAGUCAGGCCCCCGCUGCCCGUGCCUUCCUGGACGCCGUAAGACUCUAUCGGCGGCACCAAGGCCACUUUGGCGACGACGAUGUGACCCUGGGCUCGGACGCCGAGGUGCUGACCGGGGUGCUGAUGCGGGAGCUGCUGCCCGCGCUGCGAGCCCAGACCCUGCCCGGCCUGCGGGGGCCCGGGCGCAACCGUGCCUGGGCCUGGACCGAGCUCCUAGAUGCAGUGCACGCCGCCGUCCUGGCCCGGGCCUCCGCCGGGCUCCGCGCCUUCCAGCCGGAAAAGGACGAGCUGCUCGCGGUCCUGGAGAAAACCCUCCGGCCCGACGUGGACCAGAUACUGCGGCAGCAGGAGCGCUUGGCGGGGAGGCUGCGGCUCGAGGUCCAGCGCCCCCUGGAGUCGUGCCUGCGCGGGAAGGUGGACACACAGCUGUCCCUGGUCACGCAAAAGCUGCUGAGCACCAUGGAAGCCGUGCUCUCGGCAGUGCAGACCCUCCUAGCUCAGGGCAUGGACCGCCUGUCUCGCCAUCUGCGUGGGAACUCCUCUGGCACGCAGCUGCGCAAGGAGGUUUACUCAUUUGGGGAGAUGCCAUGGGACCCAGAGCUGAUGCAGACCUGCUACCAUGAGGCUGAGCGAAGCCAGGGGCACCUAGGGCAGCUGGUGGUGCCAUUUGGCUUCUUCGGAACACAGAGCCUGGUGUUUGGGGCCCAGGAUCUCGCACAGCAGCUUAUGGCCGACGCCGUGACCACCUUCCUACAGCUGGCGGACCAGGGUCUGACCACAGCCCUGGACUGCACCCAGGCUGCCCAGCAGCUGGAGAAAGUCCGGGGACGUGUGCUGAAGAAGUUCCAGUCGGACAGCAGCUCGGCGCAGAGCAAGUUCAUCCGCGGGUGGCUACUCUGCAUCUUCUUGCCCUUUGUGUUGCACCAGCUGGAGGGGAGCUGCAAAGUGGAGCUGCUUGAGUUCGAAGGAGACAUCCUUGCCGUGGGUAGCCCGGCUCUGACCAUCGAGGGCAUCUCUAAAGACAUUGUCCAGGGGGUCCUGCUGCAAAGGAUUGACAGAGAAUUGAAAAAGGCCCUUGGUGCCAGUGACGUGUCUUGCACUCUGGAUGGCUGCUCGGAGGCCCCAUGGGACCAGACAGGAGUAGAUGAGGAAGCUGAGGCUCAGAGAGGAACUUGCCCUGAGCAGCCAGGCUCUGGUACCGAGGUCCAGUCACUCUGCCCGCUGCCUCCUCCUAGAACAUUCUGCAGCUGAGUCUUUGGACACCUCAGUCCUCGUUCCCAUUGGAUAAAUGUCUACUAGUGGAAUUUCGGAGUCAAGCAUAUGCACCAUUUCAAGGCUUUUAUAACCCUCAUACCUCCACCUCAUUCCUCUCCAGAAAAGCUGGGCUUUUUUUUUACACUCCCAUUAGCAGCAUUUGUGCAUAUUCUCCAUAUCCUUUCCAAACACUAGAAAUUUUCACAAAAGAAAAAAUGUCAAUUUGAGACACACACACAUUUCAUUGUUUAGUUUGAAUUUCAUUAAUGAUUACACUGAACCUAAAAAUAUGUUUAUUGGCCAUUUUUAUGUUCGUGCUUUUUGUUGUUGUUGUUUUUUAAGUCAAUUGCAUGUUCAUGGCUUUUGCCUACUUUUCAGGAGAGUUUAUCUUUUUCUUAUUGAUCUCUAAUAAUUCUUUGUAUAUUAAAGAUAUUAAUGCUUUGUUAUACAGGUUACAGGUACUUUUAUUCUCAGCCUGCUGUGGACCUUUUGGGUUUGUUUAUUUGCUCCAAAUCUUAACUUGGUAUCAAGUUUCCCAGCUGAGAGUGAAGCAUUUGCUGACUUCCCUCUGCUUGCCAGAAGAGUCAUCUGUUUACUGGGGGUUGGCAGCUUCUCCCUAUCACAAGCCUUCCAGCUGCUUCCGGAGCAGAUUCUGAGGGAUUUCCCCAGGGUCCUUCUUGGUUCAGCUUUCAGAGGGGUUCAGCUCCAUGGAGAUAGUUUCCUCCCAUUCCGCCCUGGAGUUUUCAGCCUCCCCAAAAAGGAAGAUUUUCUUCACUUUUCCUGAUUUUACCCUCCAAUUCAAACUUCUGACAUACAUUUGUGCUUUUACAGCCCUUGUACAGCUGUUUUUGUUUGUUUGUUUUUUUUAAUUUUUAACCCAGAACGUGAUGUUAGCUCUGUAAAAUUAGAGCAACAAAAACUUGUCAUCCUGCCCUCUGAGGAAAUCACUAUUUGCUUAUGGUUCUAAAAUCUUCCAGUCUUUUCUCAGUUUAUCAGGGUAUGAGAUGUGUCUUGUCACUGUUUUUCUAACUUAAUAUGAAUGAUCUUUCCUUGUCAGGUCCAUAGAGUGUAAAAUGGUUUUUGCCAUUUUGUUACAGAAAGUUUCAAAACAUACCCCAAAAGUACACCCCUGUGUGCCCCCUCUCGGAUUCAGCAGUGACCAAGUGUGGCCAGAUCCCUUUCCUCCACUCCCAUCCCUCACCCCCUUAGUCAAUUGUAUAACCAGUGCAUUUUAGGCUGUGUUUCCAAAAUAUUAAGCUAAAAACUGAACUUGAGCAAAGGAUUGUUGUGGAAAAAAUGUGGAGAACAGAAGCAAAGGAGAGAAAUGAAAUUGGAAGAAGGGGAUGGACAAGUAGAAGGACAUGCGGAGGAGGAAGGGCAAGUAUCAGGUGACUCUGCUAGCCAAGCUGGG